CCCCUUUCUUCCUGUUCUCGACUCCAAAGUCCAAACCCUCUGACAAAACAAAACCCUCGUAAUGAACAAAGCCCCCAGAUAGGUUUGCCCAUACCAUAUUCGUUCGAUUCAUAGUCGUUGUUAUAUGAUUUGAAUCUGCUUUUUUACUCCUGAUAAUGUCGUCAUCACUGUUUCUUCAACGUUUCGGGAGGACAAAGAGCUUAACAAAGAGGUCUACUAAGAAGUAUUUGGAAGAAGCGCUUUACAGGCGGCUUCUUAAAGAUGGCGGAUCAGAUGUUAGUGUUAGACAAAAUUUGAAUCAGUUUCUUAAAUCCAAAAAGAAAGCUUACAAAUGGGAGGUGGAUCACACGCUCAAAGUCCUUCGCAGUCGCAAGCGUUACGCUUCUGCCCUCAAGCUAUCAGAAACCAUGGCAGAAAGAGGCAUGAACAAGACAAUCACAGAUCAAGCUGUCCAUCUAGACCUAGUCUCCAAAACCCGAGGAAUAACAGCCGCCGAAUCAUAUUUCAUUAAUCUCCCAGAACAAUCAAAAAACCACUUCACAUAUGGCCCACUUCUAAACCACUACUGCAAACACCAAAUGACAGAAAAAGCCGAAUCCAUGUUCCAAAAAAUGAAAGAACUAAACCUAACUUUAACCUCCCUCCAUUACAACAGCAUCCUAACCCUAUACGAAAAAUCCCAACAACCCGAAAAAAUCUCACAAAUCAUCCUCGAAAUGAAGUCAACCGAAGUCAAACCCGAUGUCCUAACCUACAACAUCUGGAUGAGGGCCGUUUCCGCCAUGAACGAUAUCUCCGGGGUCGAAAGAGUAAUUAACGAAAUGUCAAGGGACGAAAACGUUUCUCCAGACUGGACAACGUAUUCGAAUCUAGCAUCGAUUUACAUCGAUUCUAAUUUGAUCAAAAAAGCCGAAAACGCCCUCAAGGAAUUAGAAAAGAUAAAUUCCCACAAGAAUCUCUCGGCUUUUCAACAUUUGAUUACGUUAUACGGAAAGACCCGGAACCUUCUAGAAGUUUACCGCGUCUGGCGUUCGUUAAAACUCGCGUUCCCCAAAACCGCAAAUAUUAGUUAUUUAAAUAUGAUUACGGUUUUGGUGAAAUUAAAUGAUUUACCAGGAGCUGAGAAAUUGUUUCGGGAAUGGGUUUCGGGGUGUUUGAAUUAUGAUAUUCGAAUUGUGAAUGUUUUAAUCGGAGGUUAUUUAAAAGAGAAUUUAUUUGAAAAAGGUGAAGAGUUAAAAGAGGUGUCACGUAGGCGAGGUGGGAAACCGAAUUCGAAAACUUGGGAGUUGUUUUUGAAUUAUUAUUUGGAAAAAGGGGAGAUUGUAAAAGCGGUUGAGUGUGUUGAAAAUGCGAUUUCAACCGGGGAAAAGUGGGUCCCGGCGGUUACGGUUGUUGGGAAGAUUAUGGGACAUUUUGAGGGGAUUAAGGAUGUUGAUAGGGCGGAAGGUUUUGUUAGGGUUUUGGAGAAGGUUGAUGGCGGUGGUGGUGGUGUGGAGGUGUUGGAGGGUUUGAUUCGGUGUUAUGCGGCGGCUGGGAGGACGAGUGCGGUUGUUAGGCGAAGGGUAAAGAUGGAAAAUGUGGAGUUGAGUGAUGAAGGGAAGAGUUUGCUUGAAAAGAUAUCGGUUGCAUGAGUUUUUUUUUUUUUUUUUUAUUUUUUAA